AUGCAGCAGUACUACAUGGACAGGAUUAAGAAAAACAUAAGUCAAAUAAAAAAAUCAAAGAACAUAAGUUUACCACAAAAUGUACACGAGGGAAUUUUCAGCAUAAGUGACAACUAUCCUACAAAUCGUAUCGAUGGACAGGAGUACAAAUCGAGCGAUACGAAGGAUGUACAUAUUAGCGGGAAUAAGGAUCAUGUCAUAAUUCGUUAUGAUAACGAUAUGAAAAUGGAGGAGAUACCCUGGGAAAGGCCGCCAAUUCACACCAAGUACAUCGUCACGGGGGAUACGAAUUUUUAUGAAAAUUAUGUCACUGAUUACCCUAAUGAACAGUCCACAAAUGACUGGAUAUAUCAGUUACAUGGACUUAGUAAUGGACAAACCGGCUAUGUCCAUGAAUAUGUUAUAUGGGAUGAAAAAUUAAAACAAUACAAAACUAUAGUUACUUCACCUAGUUUUGUGCACAACUCAAAUAACAUUACAGUGGAAAAAGGAAGUGACAACUAUAGUGGAAUAAUAGAUUCACACUGUUUCUAUGACUCCUCUAUGAACAACACGAAGCUUAUAAGUCAAGGAGAAAAUAAAAAAGUGGCUAGUAAUGUUAGUGCACCUUAUGAGAAAUCGGAACAUAAUAAUAGAGAAAAAUUGCACACGUUUAAUAAUUCCGUGUGUAGGAAUAAAAAUGAUGUUAAUGGAUUUUUCGAUCAAAAAAUAUGCAGCAGUAGCGGCAUUCCUUUUUCGAACUGUGUGAGAAAUGUUAGCAGUACGUCCUGUUAUGAGAGAAGAGGGUGCUCAAAAAGUGGGAUCCCUCAAAGGGGUUACGACCCUUAUGGGCAUCCCCAUCCGAGUGGGCAUAUAAUCCACACCAAUUGUUCUAGUCAUAUCUUAGGGGAAAACAGGAGAAAUUACACGGGCAACUUACCCAAUAGUGUUAUUAUGAAUGUGGACCACUCCGGGCACACUUCCACUGGUAGAGGCAUAUUUCGAGAAGCUUCGCUAAGUAGCUGUACAAGAAGAGACGUAAUUGGCAAAGGAAUUUUAAAAAAUGGUGAAUUAAAAACUGCUGCUUGCUGCUUAGGGAGAAUUGUCAAUUCUGAUAGGAGGAAGCAUAUCACAUCAAAUGAUGGGGAAUCGCUAAAAAAGAAGGUACAUUAUCAGAGCGGUAAAAUACAUUUCAGCUUCGGAGACCAUAAAAGUGUAGUAGAGGAAAGGUUAAAAAGUCCCAUUGAAGUUAUCUGUAAGAAACCUAGGGUAAAUUUAUGCCGGGAACAUUGUAGGGAAAUUGGUGGGGUUCAUUCUCUUGUGACUGCACAGGACGGAAGCGACGUCUUAAGGUAUAAAGAAGUUUCAAACCAUAGUAUCCGUGAUAAUGGUGGCAAUGUUGAAGCAGCGAAAUCACACCAGUGUUUAGGGAAAUGUUUUGCAAACAGGGAAAGGCAAUUUUUGUCAAACAAGAAGAGCAUCUCAUCAACGCGGCUUCAGGAACCUCAUGUGUUUUACCCUAAGAAGGUUAGUUCUCUGAAUGCGAACGCAGGUUUUAGAAAUAAUAUGUGCGGGGGGGUUAGGAAAGAGAGUGUCAUAGCACCGAAUGUGUUGUGCUGGGGUACUCUAGGAGAGACAUCACAAAAAGGAGCGUCAGAAAAUGGUGGAUCAGAGGAAAGGGCGUCAUCACAAAAUGGAGCCCCCCUAAACAACGUGUUAGAGAAUAACCGAUAUUUUAUCAGCUCCUUUCGCCCAAUCGAUCAAGGCGAAAACGGAGGGGAAAAUCUUAAAUAUAUCGAAGAAAAAGACAACCAGAAAAUGUACAACGAAGAAGGGAAGAAGAGCUGCCUUAAUUUCCCACUACAGGGGAUAAGCAUCUGUAAGUCAAAAAGGGGGUAUAGCCAAAAUGAGCCCUACGAAGGUGGAAAAGUAGGGAAUCAUAAAUUAGACAUUGUCCAAAAUGCUUCUAAGGAGAACGUCAUUUCGUAUAUGGAAAAGGGAAGUGAUCGUUUCGAAGGGGCGGAGUUGAAUUUGGACCGUAUAAGUAGUAGUAUUCUCAAAGGGAACAAUUCUUUGGAUGAUACUUCUUUCUCUACUUUGGGAAAAAAUUACCAAAGUGAGAGAAGCUUAAAUGUGAAUGUAAUGGAUAACUGUUCCCCUCCCUGUGUUAACUGUAUUAAUAAAACUGAUCUGAUGACGGGUGAGAAAGAAUACAUAGAAGCAGAGAAUCACACGAAGGUAUUUUACAAAGAGUCAAAUAUAAAAAUGGUAGAGAAGGUGUGCAACAUAAAUGAGAUGGGCAACCUAGAGGGGGUGAAGAAGAGUGUCCCCUUGUUUGAAGAGACGAAUAAAGGCGAGAUAACCGCUAACACUCCAACGAAAGGGAUACCCAUCGAAGGGGAGGAAAAUAUAGAAGGAACAUGUACGGACUACGAAGAAGGGUAUGAUAGAAUACAGAAAAAAAAUACGUAUGAUGAAAAAGUAACAAAGGAGCAAGAUACCCUACUGGAGAAUUAUAAAUAUGAGGAAGAAGCUCUUGUUGAAGAGAACCACGAAGGGACGGAUGAUGGAAGUAACUUUAACUAUAUCGAGGAUGAUAGUAUGAGCAGAAAAGAAAAAAAGAAACUGGAGAAGAAACUGAACAUGUACUUUAGAAAGGAAGGGUUGUUAAGGGCGUCUUCUAAUUCGCUCCCCCACGAUUCGGAAAAAGGCCAAAAGGAUCGACUGGGGGGGAAGGAUCAACUGGGGGAAAAGGUUCAACCGGGAGAAAACGACUUGACCCCCUUCUUCAAAGGUGUGAGGAACAAUUCAGUUAUUCACUCCAGCAACAGGAAGUCUUCAAUCACGGAAUAUUCUCAAAUGGAGAAUUACGAUAUAUCGUCCAGUAGCGUGGACAUAUUUGACGACAAGGAGAUAAAAGAAGUUUUCGAGGAAGUGACAAUAAAUAGGAGUAUAAAAAGUAGCUUUUGCAUCAGUAGGGAUGAUUAUGAGGGGCCUCGGAAGGAAAGCAUGGAUCUAGGACGGGACUUCCUAGAGGGGGAGAUACACGAUGGUGCUAGCGCCAAGGAGAGAAGGAGAAAAAAAGGAAAAGGAAGUCUCCCCAGUUUAGAAGACCUAUUUUGUAAGAAUAAAAAUGUUUUAUUCAUGGAUUUGUUACGAAGAAUGAAUGAAAAAGGGGAAGAAGGAAAAAAGUGGAACAAGAAAGAGGAUGAGUUAGAAAGUAAACUAAAUAGAGUAAUGCUACCUAGUUCAGAAAAGGAGAGAAAUUUAAUAGAUAAAAUAAUUUAUUGUCUAGACCCAUCAUAUGUAAACGACACGGUGGAUGAAGAAGAUAAAUGGAGGCAGAAGUUGAACUAUAUGCGUGAUAAGUUUCUUGAGUCCAUAUUAUGUGUGUCUUAUCCGAUUCACCUGUGGAAUGAAGAGACGUUUGAGGGUUAUUUGAAGUCUCUAAAUUUGAAUGCCUUGUUUGACGACACUUUCAUAAAGUACGAAAGUGACCUACGCAUUGAUUUAUUUCAUCCUGAGGAGGAAGUAUUUUCCGAUGUUGGAAAUAUUGGCGAAGGGGGAUUCGGGGUGGUAACAAAAAUGCGGUUCCUUUCAAAUCCCCAAUAUUAUGCGAUAAAAAAAAUAUCAAAGGAACAUAUUAUAAAAUCUCAAGCAGCUGGACAAACAUAUUUAGAGGCGAAGUACCACUCUGUUUUGAGCCAUGUAAAUAUAAUUAAAAUGUAUGGAUGCAUGCAGGAUAAUGAUUUCAUUUACCACGUGUUGGAAUUCUGUGCCAAAGGAAGUAUCUACUCCAUAUCGAAGAAUUUUAAGAGAAGAAUCAUUCCUGAUGAAUUGGCCUAUAAAUAUUUUUGCCACGUAGUGAAUGGAUUGUAUUACUUAAAUCAGAUGGGCAUUUUUCAUAGGGACAUAAAAAUGGAAAAUGUGUUAGUAGAUCAUAUGGAUAAUGCAAAAUUGUCUGACUUUGGUUUAUCAGCCAUGAUUUUAGGAAAGAAAAGUCAUUCUGCUUUGUGUGGAACAUUGGUUUACUUUUCUCCAGAAAUAACAAGUGGUUCUGGAUAUGACUGGAGAUCUGACAUUUGGUCUUUGGGUGUUUUACUAUACGAAAUGUUAGUUGGGGAUGUACCAUUUGAUGGUACCAAAACACAGAUAAUAAACUCCAUCUUUUCAUGUAAUUUAAAGUUCCCAGAUUUUGUGAACCCAUUAGCAAUUGAUUUGAUAAAGAAAGCAUUGGUGGUAGAUGUGGAUAAGCGCAUCAAGUUGUGUGACAUAUCAUCUGAUCCGUGGAUGCAGGAAAUGUGGAAAUUGUCCUUUCAGAAAGGGUUGGCAGGGAUAUAUACCGAUUCAUGUUACGACAGGAAGGAAGACAAUGGUGAUUUUAAUUUUAUAGGUUCUUUGUUAAAGGCUCAGUGUUUUUUAAAAAGUAGUUUGAACGCAUCGCUAAGUUACCCCAUUAGGGGGGGUAGGGAUGAGGAGGACGAGAAGGAAAAGGAGCAGAAGGAAUUGAAGCAGGAUGUCCAGACGGAGCGGGGAAAUGAUAACGUGGAUGCACUCAUCAUAGAGACUCAACAAAAAUUAGCAGAAUAUUUAAAGGUAGAAAAUUUUUACAAGAACGAAGAAAAUGUUCCCAGUUCUGAUUGUAUGAGUUCUCAUCAAUCGGGAGCAUCCUUCUCCGAACUGAGCGAAUCUUCCACGUGUAUGAAGAAGGAUGUAAUGGUGGCAAGACAACAAUGGAAUACUAGCCAUGUAGAGGGAACUUCCCAGGGCCAUCCAUCUGCUGCGAGCGAAGUAGUAACACAGAACGACCUAUCUGGGACCAUCCAAGAGGGAAGUAGGACCAGCUCCCUAUCGGGCCCCCCUCAUGAGGAUCAUCUAUCCGUCAAGAUUGAACGUGAUAGCAGAAAUGAGGUUAUUCCUGUGGAGGAAACUUCUUCGAGGAGUAUGUACCCCAAGCGGAAAAGCAGUUUGUCCGGAUCCAUUAGGGAGAACACCAGCAGUAGCAAUGAUGAUAUAUAUUUGAUGGGACUGAAUUGGAAGACUCAAUCUGAACUGUCCAACGGAACGGGGGAGGCCGAACUGGUUUAUUCAUCAGAAGGUUUAGGCUCCAAUAUGAAUCAAUGUAGGGAUUUGUUUGGGGCGCCUUGUGUUGAGAAGAGGCCUAGCGAGGUUGAACCGGAAAGGGACUGCAUCGAAGGGGAACAUACACCAUGGAGGGAAUCAGCCAGUGAGUACUUCAAAGAUGAAGUAACACCGAAGAAAACGGGUAACACUCCGUCUAAGAAUACGAUUCCUGAUAGUUCUCAGGAUGAUGGAAAUUUUUAUGAUAACAGUUCCGUCUCAAAUAUCCCCCCGUGUCCUAACAGUUCGGAAAAGAACGAUAGAUUGUCCUCAGAGGUGGAAGAAAAAGUUCCUGAUGAGGUUGAUAUUGAGUCCCUUGAAAAGUUAGUGCGAAGAAGGGUAGACAAUGGGAAAGGAUAUCCAGGGGAAGUGCUUCCAAUUUGUAGGGAUAAGUAUACGAGGGGGGAGGAAAAUAAUCCUGUGAAGAGACAUUCCAUUAGUAUUCGACGUGGAGAAGCGAGAAAGUCUGUCCUUGAAGGUGCAGGAAGGAGAGGAAGAGAUGAAAAUAUAAAGAGCGAAGAUAAUCCAUCAACACGUAGAAACAUUCAACCGAGCAACAAAUCGGAGAGACUUAGCGAGGUGAGAAAAUUGCGUAAAGAGCGCAAACUUCUCGAAGGAGACGAAACGUAUAUCCCAAUUUCCGUAAUCAAAGAAAAGGUAACGGAAUCAUCAGGAGAAAGUAACGACACCAUAAUAAAUCUUCACGUGAAGGAUACACCACUAGAAGCUAAACAUUUAAGGGUUGAGGGGGCAGAACCACACGUUGCAAAAACUUCCAGUAUAGAACUGUCUGAUGGUAAAAUGGAAUAUAGGAAUUUGUCGAAAAUUGAAAAAGCGAAAGACAAAAAUUCAGAAACGAAUAAGCUAAGUGAAGACGCUAGAAAGGGUGUAGUAGUGAAAAAAUGGGCACCGCAAUAUAGGAGUACUUCAGAAAGGAAUAAAAGUUUUGAAGCACAGAAAAGGGAAGAUACGCUAAUUAAAAGGAAGGUGGAAAAAAUGUUACAGAAAACAACCACAGGUAAAUUAUGCAGGAAGGAUUCUAUCCCUGAACGAAACGGAUCUAUCAACGGAAAGAAGAAUUCUCUUGUCAAGGGAAAGGAUAAGACGAAUGAGAACAAACAACCCGAGAAGGAAAAACGACGAUCGCGUAGCAACAUCUGUGAUUUAGAUGGAAGUAGCCUGUAUGAUAAGUAUAUAGAAAGAAUAAACAAAUUAUAUCUGAGUAUAAAAAGUAAAAAGUAUCUUAAUAAUGGUGAAAAUAGGGAAACCCCAGUUAGUGAGGAGGACCAAGCAUCAGCUGCGACGAAUUCUGUGAAGGCGGAAAAUGAACAGAAGAACAUCCAAAAAGGCGAACCGAUGGAGAAUAAUCAUCUACAUGAGAGUAACUGUUCUGACGAAAUGGAGGAAGGCUUCUCCACAAGGGUGAAGAGAAAGGACAACAAAUUUUCCAUACAGCAAGAUAAGCAGAAGGAGGAAAUGAUGGAGAAUAAAUCAUUUAGGAUGAGGUCCUUCCACUUGAGCAGUUAUCCUGUCGAGACUGGAAGUAGCAAACUGACGGAGAGCAGAAGAAAUGUACUGAAGGAAGAAAAAAAUUCUUAUCCGAAGGGGUAUGAAGAAAGGCUGCUAGAUGAAAAAUCGUUGGAUAAAAAGUUGGCCAAUAUAGAGAAUGAGGUGUCGGUUAUGAUGACAGACAAGGAAAACUAUCGUUCCUCGUAUAAGUCCAGGAAGGAGAAAUCUUUUCUUGAACUGAAGAAAGAAAUUAUGAAUCACAACAUUCCUAAUGUCAGUGGGAGGGUGACCCCCGAUUUUUUCGCCCCAGAUGGAAGCGCCUUCAAUUCGAGCGGCACAGAUGGGGAAGAGAAAAGCAACAGCGUUGGCGGUGUGAGUGGUUUCGACUAUGAGGGCAAUGUUCCUAGUGGUGAUAACCAGAACGAACGUAACGAGGAGGAUGAGGAGAAGAAAAUGCCCACUUGGUAUUACGAAAAGAAAAGUACAUUCAGCUCCUCUAAUUCGGAUUACGCAAGUGAUAAGUGCUUCUAUAGGCGGUACAAGCAGAACAGGACAAUCCAUGUGGACACUUCCCAGUUGGUGAACCGCGGGGAGGAGGGUUUUAGGGUGGUCCACGAUGAAACCAUGGAUGGGUGCAUAGGUGAAUUCAUGGAUAAGCAGGUGAUACACAACAAAAUGGAUUCAGAGUUUACACAGUGUAGCGAGUUUUCAAAGAAGACACACCAUGGAAGCAGCAAUGAACCAGGCACAGUCAUUACGCAUCCAGACGAGGAAAGAAAGUAUAUGCUUAAUCGUAAUGGGAAAUACCAGCGGGCAAAGAGCACGAGCAGAGCAGUACAGAAGGGUAGCAUACAAAGUGGAGAAUCCUCUAGACAUCCUUCCAUUAACAACAAAGUGACAUUCAUGCAUUUUCAAAGUGAUGGUAGGGUUGGAAAGUUGUUGAACACGAAGGAGGGCAGUGAGGAGGAUAAGACGAACAAGAAAGAGAAGGAGCCCAUUGAGAGUAGAACCAAUAUCCUGGCUUCGCAAAAAAAAGGGACAAAGGAGUUAUCCAACCUGGAGUUAAUAUCAAGGAUUCGACAGAAAAAUAAAACUAACCUAUUGGAUAAGGUGAAGAAGGAGAAGUGUGCUUCAAAUUUAGGCAAAAGGAAAGUUGAAAAGGUGGCUAGUUCGGGAAGCAUGAAGAGAAGUUUAUCAGAGGUAGCCGUUACCUCACAGUCAGUUGGCAAGUCUACCUUUACAGGAAGAAGUGAUCUGCUUAAGAGAGGUUCUUCCAAAACGCCUAGUGUGAGGGAUGUAUCCCAUAACUCUAAAACCAGCGACAACCGAGUGAACAUUAAGAGCGUACUUCCAAACUCAAGCAGGAGAAACAAUUCGUUAAGGAAUAAUUCAAUUGAGAAAAGACACUCGUUAGAGAAGGAAGUUAUGCAGAAAGCAAGCAAGGUGGUUAGGCCUACGGCAACACCCGUGAAGCGUACAGAAGGGAAAAGUGGCAAUCGAAUGACAAGCGUGGGUCAAAAGUUAGAGAGCGUAAAUAGUAUAGAUUCCAAAAGUGGAGAAAAUAAAAAGAAGAUGGUUGUAGUUGCAAAGAGGGGAUUGAACAGUAGUAGUAAUGUGUUGAAAAAAAACAGGGAAAAUGUAGACUCCACUUUAGAAAAAGGGAGAACAACAUGUGAUGGAAAAACGGAAAGGAAGACGAACAAUGUGGUAUCUCCACAGAGAAGUGUGCAGAACCUUUGCUUGAAAAAGAUGACGGAAGGGAAGGUAGGAGGAAUGACUAACAGUUAUUUGAAAAAUGAAGGAAACAGUAGUAGGAGGGAUGAGUCCGAGAAUUCAGUUUCAGAGAAAAAAACUAAAUCGAAGGAGGUAAGAUCAAGCAUAUUUCUUCAAAAUGACAAGAUGAAUAAAAACAAGGAGGAGACCACUACCCUGACUAAUGAUGAGGCGUCUAAUAUGGCGGCAACGAAUUCUGUGGAAGGUACAGAAGAACAAGUUAGUCCUACCACGGAGAGGACAAAAAGCGGUGCUUCACCCGUGCAGAAUGGUAAAAAGAUAUUAUUAGGAAAUAAUUUAAAGAAUGAAAAAAUAAAACAAUAUUUGAAGAGCAAAAUAGAAAAGGUUAAGAAGGAGAAUGAGUAUGGGCUACCUUUAGGGUUGAAAACGGAGGAGAGCCUCAGCCACGCGCAAGGAGACCUGAGCCACGGUCAAGAAAAUUUGAGCCAAGAUCAAGAAAACCUGGGCCAAGAUCAAGAAAACCUGGGCCAAGAUCAAAAAAACCUGGGCCACACUAAUCAGUAUGAUCCCUUUGAAGGAUGCACAAAUUUGAGUACCAUUAUGGGUAAGGGAAUUUCGUUCUGCAGGAUUAAUGAAGUCAGAAGGUCCAUAAGUGAAAUUCCCUUCAACUGCUGUGUCAAGCAUUAUUUUGAAGGUGAGUCAAAUGGGGAGAUAAAAACGGGGAAAUGUGCACCUAAGGGAAGCAGUCAGUGCAGCCAGUCCGAAGAGGAUCCAAGGGGGGAAAUUAAUAACCUGUGUCAAAGGGAGAGAGAAAGUGGAUACUCUCGGUGUAAGAGCGAGGCAGUGGAGAAAUACAAUUGGACGACUGGACUAGAUGGUGAUCUUUUGCAUAUGGAGAUGGUAAGAAACGGGACGAGUAAGGAAGAAGCGAAAAAGGAGGAAGCAGCUCUUAGGGAUAAUGGGAAGGGAAAACAUGUCAAAAGUGGAAUGAUGAAAGGAUCAAGUAGUGUGGACAAUAGUAAGAAUGUCCAAUCCACUAAUGAUGGAGGGAAGAGGAAUAGAGCGAGUGCACACAUUUACACAAACAGGAGUAUCAAUCUGUCGAAUGUAAAAAGUAAAAUAGACACGAAUAUAUAUAGGAAGGCAAAAAGCGAAACAGAAAAUGUUAACUCAAAUAACAAAGACAGUGCACAGAUAGAGUCUGAUGAAAGGGGAGAAAAAGUUAAUAGUGUGUUAAAGAAAAAACAGAACAUGAGUACAUACAAAGGCUCGUCCAUUUUAGGAAUGGAUAAGAAGGAAGGGAAAAAGAAAAAUCUGAAUGGUCAUUCCGCAUUGGGUGUAAGGAAUGUAACCACGCUUCCAAGGCUCAAUUCGAUGAAGGCAAAUGCACAUUGUUCUAACUCUAGACACAACAGUAGCGCAGAGGACAGGACGCGUUCUUACCAAGAGGAAGGUGGACCAAUUAAAAGAUCUGAAUGUGCAUUGCUUGAUACGGAUUAUGAGGAAGAGUUACAAAACAAGUUGCUUGUCCUCAAUAAGAGGAUCCUUUGUGGGGGAAUUGAUGAACGAAGGCAGAAUUAUGGGAAGGAGGGAAUGAAGCGUUUUUCCAAAGAAAGGCAAAACCAUGUCAGCUGUGAGGGUAGGCAAUCCUCGCACAGAGACAUGAACAAAGCAAUUUGUCCCAUAAAUGAUGAGAAUACGGAAAACGACCAAGGCUGCAAUUGGGGGUUUUCGAUUCCCAUAUAUGCAUCUAACAAUAAUGGAAAGAGUACCAAGGAAGGGGAAUUCAUACGGAUGAAGUCCAAUGUAGGGAGUGGCACUCAUGGCAGUGAAGUAAAUUGCCUAAACAGCAUGGGGAUGGGGAUGUCGGCAUCUGGAUGGAGGAAGUGCGAGUUCGUCAGACAGUCCUAUGUAGAAAAAGACGGAUCAAACUGUUUAGCAGAACCUGUGAGUGGGUACUGCAUGCAUAUGGGAAGAAGUGUGAAGAAGGAAGUACAAGGAACCUAUUCCAGAUCGUCAGGUGAGCGCAACAUGGAUGUUAUAGAAGGGAACACCAUGGUAAAUACUUCUUUUAAGAAAUUAGGUUCAACCGCUUUUAGUUCGAAUGCAAAAAAAUGUGUGGAGGAUAGUUCCAUUGGAAGGAGAAAAUGGGUACCUCCCCCGAGAGGUCUAGUCACUAAGAAGGAAUCACCUCAGGAGCGGUGUGUUCCCCAUGGUAGAAGUGCAUCAGGAGUGGGGGAUAAUCACCCAACAAAGGAGACGCUUAAGCGAAAUAUCAGCUGUGGAAAUUGGUCCAUCAUGCAGUGCGUAAAUAUUCGAGGGAUAGAUGCAGAAUCUUCCUACGUAUCAGAUAUGGAUGAAGCUGUGCCUUAUGAGGAGAGAAGAAAUAAAGUGGCUAACUUGAAGAGGGACAAUAUACAGAUGAACCAUUAUAUGAAGGGUCGAAGUAGAAGCAACAGUAGGAAUACUACAAAAGGGGGUCUUCAACCCGUGUCCGUAUCAACUAUGCAGAAAAGUGCACAAGUGCGGAUUGGUAGCAGGUGCGGUUCAGGUAAUUUUCUUCCGUCACGCCCCACCACGCCAAUUUCUUUACAUAAGAGGAGGGAACAAAUUGGGAGGGGUGACCAGGAAGUGAAUGGACAAGUAUUAAACAAAAGUAGAAAUAUGGUAUAUGGAAGGAAGCCCACAUUAGCAGCACAACAGGGUAGCAUUAAGAAAAGCGCAUCGAACAAUGCUUCGAGAAAAUUAUGGAACUCAGAUGAUAGGAGCAGUUUAAGUCCUAAGUUUGAUUCUACUAGGAUUGAAAGUAGUACUAACUGCUUUACGAGAAAAGUUGUUGUGGUACAUGAGGAUGAGAGCAGGUCGUACACUGCAAACUGUGCCAAAGGCGGAUUUUUUAAUAAGCCUAGUACAGGUAUUACCAGCCAAGGAAGUUUACUAGCGAAAUCUGCUUCCAACUGUGUCCAUAUGGAUACCAUGAGAAGAAAAAGUAGUUCAAGGGUGCUAUCACCAGGUGUAGUAAAUGUAACCGAUAAUAGUUCCUCGGGAUGUUUCCUGUACAAGGAUUUUUUUCACAAGGAAGAUGUAAAAAGUUGUCAUGGAGAUAGUCGUCCUGGUGGUGUCCAGGGCACAUACGAACGUGUUGCUGUGAACAAUAGGCCUAUGGAUACACCUCAUCGAAGAAACGGGAGUGCCAUAUCUAUUAAACGCAUGGGGAAUAAAACUGGUUUGAAUAAGGAAGGAUGUACCAGAGUAAUGCCAAAGGGCUUCGUGUAG